GCUGCGCGCUCGGCUUCGUGGACCGGCCGCCCGUGCGUGGUUCCGGGUCGUCCCGCAGACCGAGGGGGGGCGCCCUGCUGCCCUUUCCCGGCCGCCGCGAGGAUGGCUCCUCCGCCGGGCGUCGCCGGCAGCCGCGCACCCCGCCCCGGGGCGGAGCAGGAGUCGCUGCCGGCGGCGCCUCCUUGCUCCUCCGCGCGCCCCUGGCUCGUCUUGCCUCUGCGCGGCUGCUCGCAGGUCUGGUCCAGGUAUCAGCGCCGCCGCCGCCUCCACCUCCGGCCAGGGCGCCCUUUGCUGCUCCCCGGAGCGUCCCGGAGAAACGGCGCCGCGAUGACGGUCAAGCUGGACUUCGAGGAGUGCCUGAAAGACUCGCCGCGCUUCAGGGCUGCCAUUGAGACGGUGGAAACGGAGGUCUCUGCCUUGGAGUCUCAGCUGGAAAAGCUUCUCAAGCUGUGCACCACGAUGCUGGAUUCGGGGCGGCAAUACUGCACCCACAGCAAGAAUUUCGUCUCCGGGGUCCAGGAGCUGUCUCAGAAUUCCCCGGGGGACACCAUGAUGAACGAGUGCCUUGAAAAGUUUUCCGAGAGCUUGAAGAAGAUGAUUGACGGCCACGAGGAGCUUCUGGAUACGACGCAACAGUCCCUCAAACAACAGCUGCAGAGUCUGGUGAAAGAGGACAUGAAGCAGUUCAAGGAGACCCGGAAGGAAUUUGAACGUGGCAGCGAAAGUCUCGCCAGCGCCCUGCACCACAACGCCGAGGUGCCGCGGCGGCGCCACCACGAGGCCGAGGAGGCCGUGGUCGCCCUGAAAGCCGCCCGCACAACCUUCCGUGCCCGAGCCCUCGACUACGUGCUGCAGAUCAACGUGAUCCAGUCGAAGAAGAAGUUUGAGAUCCUGAAGUUCAUGUUGGCGUUCAUGGAGGCUCAGUCGUUCUACCUGGAGCAGGGGUUCCAGACGGCGAAGCGGCUGGAGCAGUAUCGGAAGGACCUGGCGGCUCAGCUCGAUCAGUUGGUCCUGGAGUCUGCCCGAGAAAAGAGGGACAUGGAGCAGAGGCACACCGUCAUCAAGCAGAAGGACCUGUCCCAGGACGACGUUGUUCCCGAGGUCCGUACGGAGCCCGGAGGGGUGGUGAUGGAAGGCUACCUGUACAAGCGAGCCAGCAAUGCCUUCAAGACCUGGAGCAGGCGCUGGUUUUCCAUUCAGAGCAACCAGCUGGUGUAUCAGAAGAAGGCCAAGGAUGUCCUGACGGUGGUUGUGGAGGACCUUCGCUUGUGCACGGUCAAGCCUUGCCCGGACCACGAACGUCGUUUCUGCUUCGAGGUGGUGUCUCCCACCAAGAGCUGCUUCCUCCAAGCAGAUUCGGAGAGGCACCAGCAAGCUUGGGUGUGUGCCGUUCAAAACAGCAUCGCGUCUGCUUACAAUGAAGAGCACCUGGAACCCCGGGGGCAGCUCCUGGAGCGGACGGCCUCACUUUCUGCCGCAAACCUGCAGUCCCCCUCCAGCCGGAAGCUGCGGGUCGGGGUAGACAAGCAUGUCAUAGACCAGGUACAGAGACUGGAGGGCAAUGCCCAGUGUUGCGACUGCCGGGAGCCAGCGCCCGAAUGGGCGAGCAUCAACCUGGGCAUCACGCUUUGCAUAGAGUGUUCCGGCAUCCACAGGAGCCUUGGCGUCCAUUUCUCCAAGGUCCGGUCGCUGACGCUCGACUCCUGGGAACCUGAGCUAGUCAAGUUGAUGUGCGAACUGGGGAACCGUGUCAUCAACCAGAUUUACGAGGCGCGGGUGGAAGAGAUGAACAUGAAGCGUCCCCAGCCGGGCUGCUCGCGGUUGGAGAAGGAGGCCUGGAUCAGGGCCAAAUACGUGGAAAAGAAGUUCAUCACCCAGUUCCCAAAGGCCGGGGCACGGCUGCAUCGAGGCGGAGACGUCCGGGGGCUCGAGAAGCCCAAACCGUUCCCCAAACCCAAACCUCCGGGGCAGAUCCGUGGGGGCGCAGGAAGGAUUCCGAGCCGAGCCAACUCAAACCAGGGGGCAAGGGAGGGGGCCUCUCCAAGCCCCACGCCUGCUACAGACAACCUGCACGACUUGCACCCAGGAGCCUUGCUCUAUCAAGCUGCCGCUGCCCCCCCAAGCCUGCCCACCAUGGCGGACGCCCUGGCUCACGGCGCUGACGUCAACUGGGUGAAUGUGCUCCACGAAAGCCGGACCCCUUUGCUGCAGGCCGUCGCCGCGAAUUCUCUGUUGGCCUGCGAAUUCCUGCUUCAAAACGGAGCCAGCGUCAACCAGCCAGACAGUAGAGGCAGAGGUCCCCUUCAUCAUGGUACCAUCGCUGGCCUGCCUCUUCCUCAAGCGCGGGGCCAACAUGAACGCCGUCGAUGGGGAAGGGAAGGAUCCCCUCAGCAUCGCCAUAGAUUCAGCCAACGCAGAUAUCGUCACCUUAUUGCGAUUGGCCAAGAUGCGUGAAUCUGAGCUUGCCCUCGGCCAAUCAGGAGACGAAACGUACCUCGACAUCUUCCAGGACUUCUCGCUCAUGGCGUCCAACGACCCAGAGAAGCUGACCCGGCGGAGCUACGAUCUGAAGCUGACGACGAUGUGAAGCUGGCGGGGGGGGGGGGCGCCGUUGGCCCCCCAACCGCCGAGAGGAGGAGGGAGGAGGCAGGAGCAUGGGGGCUUAAGCCACCUGCAAAUUCCUGGUGUGACCCCUGAGUCAGAAACGAAGGACCGUCCAGUAGAAGCCUGUCUCUCCUUUCAGCCCCAAGGUUUUUGGUGACUUUGUGGAGUCGGGCAGAAGGAAAGGGUUUCCGUGGAAGAUUGCGGGAAACGGAGAACCGAGCUCCCCAGAUGACUCUGCCCUCCACAUCUCCUGUUUUUAUUUAUUGCUGGUGGACGAGGACGUAAAAAGCUGUGGCAUGUUGCUUGGCCCUUGAUGUGGACACAGAGAUAAGAUUACGGAUUAUUUCUCCUCCCACCUCUUCAAAACCAGAUUACAGUAGUUUUAUUUUCUUCCCUGGGCCUUGAAGAGGGAGAUGCUCCUUGAAGGAGGGAAGGGAUUUGGGGUCGAGGAAAGGCUGUGUAGAGGAAGGAGGCACAGAUUAAACAACAGCUCCCUGGAAUUUGGGAACGGGUGUGUUUUGCCUAUGUGUGUGUUGAAAUUCUUUUUCUUUCUGAGGUUGAAAUCUAAUUCUGCAGAUAGAACAAAUCUGCCUCAAUGUUUGCCCGUGUUAAUUUCAUUCAUAAUUGGCUAAGCAUGCAUGGGACUUUCUUUUUCUUUUAAUUUAAUUUAAAUUGCAUUAUGGACAUUUUAAAUAAACUCGCAUCUCUGGCCAAACCACCCCAAAUGACCAAGCCAAAGGCAA